AUGGCGUCGGACGACGACCUCGAGCCGAAGACGCGCUGCGGGCGGUGCCAGCAGCUGGGGUCGCGGGCCUUCUGGUACUCCAUGGGCACGUCGCCGGAGAACGAGGGCUCCUGCCGCAUCGUCAUCAUGGGCUGGGGCUUCCUCUUCAUCUUCAUGGCCUUCAACACGACGCAGACGAUCCUGUCGACGGUGCUCCAGCACUACGUCGGCUCCGUGUCCCACGUCGAGUACGACCUCGGCAUGGCUUCCCUCAUGAUCAUGUACGUGACGACGUGCCCGUCGCUCUACGCCAUCCCCGCGGUGAUCCGGAGCCUCGGGGCCGUCGUGACGAUGAUGCUGGGCGGGCUGUGCUACGCGGUCUACAUCAUCUCCCUCAUCUACAUCUGGGAGCCGACGGUGAUCCUGAGCAGCGCGGUCGUCGGCGUCGGCCAGGCGGCGAUCUGGGUGAGCCAGGGCGUGAUCCUGACGUCGUCGAGCGACGAGGCGACGCGCGGCACGGACGCGGGCCUCUUCUGGGGCAUCUACUCGGCGUCGGGCAUCGCGGGGCCCGCGUUCGGCUACGUCGUCUACCAGGGCAUCGACAGCCAGGGCUUCUUCCUCUUCGCGUCCGUCUGCACGCUCGUGGGCGUCUUCAUCUUCCGGCUCCUGGCGAAGCGCCAGCGCGGGGAGGCGGACUACGACGGAGCCGAGGCCGCGGCCGCGCCGCUGCGCGACGACGACGCCGAGGCGCCGAGCGGCGCGCCGCUCCUGGGCAAGGAGCAGGCGAAGCUCGCCGGGGCUUCCAAGGAGCUCGGUGCGCCGGAGGCGCCCCACGCGUGGCUCCGGCCCGGCUGGACGCCGGAGAAGGCCGGCGUGCUCGCGCGGCUCUCGCCGUUCAUGUUCUUCAUCGGGUCGUCCGACGGCUUCAUCAACGGCGCCUUCCCCAUCAUCUUCGCGCCGACGGCGGUCCAGGAGGGCGCCGUCUUCCUCGUGUUUCUAGGGUGGGGCAUCAUGGAGACCUUCGGGGCCUUGAUACUGUCGCGGUUCUCGGACACGCUCGGGCGCCGCGCGAUGCUCGUGCUGGCCGUCUUCUUCUACAUCACGGCCAUGGUCAUCUGCUACUUCCUCAUGGCCGUGCCCAAGGGCGACGGCGACCAGAAGGAGCUCCAGAAAUUCCUGGGGCCCGUCUGGUUCGACGUGUCGUGGCUCGCGUUCGUCGCCGGCGCGCUCUUCGGCCUCAGCGACACGCUCAACAACACGCAGGCCUACGCGCUCAUCGGCGACUACUUCGCGACGCCGCCCCUGAACGUCGACGCCUACGCGGCCUUCCAGCUCCUCCAGGCCGUCGGCAUGGCCUUCGGCUUCGGCAUCCCCCUCGUCCUCACGACGGAGUGGAAGCACCGCGCCGCCAUCUUCGGCAUCCAGGCGGCGACGCUCCUGGCCUCCAUCUCGGGCAUCGCCAUGCUCCCGGCGAACAACACCAUCGGCAGGCGGCACGCGCCGCCGGAACGGCGUCUCGAGUACCGGACGUUACCGGCGGAGCGCAUCGAGUGCACCGUCGGCUCGGGUGCAUGUUGUUCGUUGGGCUGCCCCCCAGCGCCGAUGGGGCACGCGGCGUCGACCUACGAGAAGGCGCAGGACGGCGAGCCCUGGGACGCGAAGCCCGUCGAGUUCUUCGGCGGCGACGCCGGCGCGCACUUCGCGCCCGUGCCGCCGCAGUUCGAGUCCGUGAGGCGGAGGUACCUCGCGAAGCGUUCGGAGAACGUCCUGGGCACGGAGGCCCUGGACGAGUUCGGCGAGCACCUGCUGGAGGAGGAGUGCCUCGAGAUCGAGCUCAAGUCCGCGGGCACGUGGACGCGCUGCGUCGUGCGCGACACGAGCCACUGCCACAGCGUCGCCGGCGGGCCGGACCCGACGUUCAUGUACGACGCGGACCACCCCGGCGGCUACCUGCUCGCGCGGACGCGGAGCGGGUUGCUGGCGCACGACACGCCCCAGCACCGCGUGCGCGGCGUCGAGGAGCUCGUGCGGCGCAAGGGCGGCGGCGCCGCGCCGAAGCAGGUUCUCGUCGUCUUCACGGACGGGUCCGAGGCGGCGCACGUCGCGUACGUCGCCGCCAAGAGCCUGCUCAACGGGCCCGAGGACACGCUGAGCGUCAUCACCGUGGAGUCGUCCAAGGCGCACACGAAGCCCAACUUCAAGCCCAAGGUCAUGCGCGACCGCUACGAGGCGGACCUCACGGGCUUUUUGCCGCGGUCGCGGUGGCGCUUCAUCACGAUCCCCAAGUCCAAGGUGCCGACGAAGGAGGUCGUGACGACCUUCGUCAACGACCGCUCGAAGAUGCCCUGCGCCGUGCGGACGCACCCGGACCCGACGCUCGUCCUCGUGGGGUUUUCGGGGCGGAAGACGUCCGCGGCGCGCGACCCGACGGUCAUCGGCCAGGUCGCGGACCUCUCCCUCCGCACGCUGUUCUGCCCCACGGUCGUCGCCAAGGUCGCGCCGCGGCCCCGGGGCCGCCACUUCGUCAUGCUCGUCGAGCCCGCGGAGCGCAGCGUCCGCGCGGCGGAGAUCCUCGGGACGCUGCUCCGCGACGACGACGCGCUCACGUUCCUCCACGUGCUCGCCCACGACGCGCUCAAGAACGCGCCCGACACCCUCAUGCGCAUGCUGUCCAAGUGGAAGGCGCGCGCGAACUUCGAGUUCGUCGAGAACGUCGACGGCCGCGCGAUCUCGAUCCUCGACGCGCUCCAGAACGAGCCCCGGCCCUGCUUCAACGACGUCGACUUCGUCGUCGUCGCGACGCGGCCCAAGACGGAGCCGGGCUCCGUGAGCGACCACCUCGUGCGCCACUACCACCGCAACAUCGUCAUCAUCAAGAGCGUCCUCGACGAGCCGGGCCGCCGGUCGUCCAUGGCGGGCCGCUCGGGCGUCGUCGCCGUCGCCGCGGACGGCCACACCGUGUCCAAGGCCGCGCCGCCGCCGCCGCGCCCGCGCCGGCGUAAGGUCCCUUAG